AUGGUUCGUGAGGGGGAGUUUACUUCAGUAAUAUAUGGACAUAUUAGAGACCAAAAAUAUAAAGAUGCUAUUUCUAUUUUGAACCAACAUUUGCUUGCCCACUCAUCCAAUCGCGCUGCGCUGUCUCUUCUUGGCUAUUGUUUAUAUCAACUCCAAGAUUAUGUUAGUGCAUCAGACUGUUAUGAGCAGUUAGCAAAUCUUUAUCCAGAAGUAGAAAACUAUAAGCUAUAUUUCGCUAAAUCUUUGUAUAAGGCCGACUUAUUUCAGCCGGCUAUGAAGGUUGCUGCUCAGAUAGAAGAUCCAAACUACCGUGAUAAAGUGAUCAAAUUACAGGCUGCAAUUAGAUAUAAAGAAGAGGAUUUUGCUGGAGCCAGAAGCUUAAUUGACGAAUGUGCUUCAACUGAUGUGGAUUCUAUCAUUAAUCUUGGGUGUUUAUGCUUCUGUGAGAAGAACUAUCAACAGGCGUGUGAACUGUUUCAGCAGGCUCAACAUGUCAGCUAA